AUGGCGGCGAGAAGAGCGAUUGCUUCUGCGAAGAUGAUGACGACGACAUCAUCAUCAUCACCGUUAUCAUCGAAAACGAGGACGAACGCGACGAAGAGCAUCGUUACCCUCGUCGCAUCGUCGUCGGCGUCUUUUUCUUCUUCUGCCUUCGCGCAAACAACGCCGCCGCUCUCGCGCAACAAUCACAACAAUCGUAAUAACGGUUCGACGAUGACUUCGUUUUCGGGAACGUGGACUCGGCGUCGCGGUGCUCACGACGUGUCCUCUUCCUCUUCCUCUCGGUGUUUUACUGCGACUGCGACGAGUGCUACGACUGGUUGUCGCCGUCGAUCUGGGUUUCGAGAAGCGUCGAGCGUGAUCGCGCGAUCGUACGCGUCUUCUUCUGAAAAAAAACUCUUGGUCGCCGCGCCGAUGGUGUACGUCGCAGGCGAAGAGAUGACGAAAUACGUGAUGGACCUGGUCAAGGAAAAAUGGAUCGCGCCCGCGGUGGAUACUUCAAAGUGGGAACAUUUUGAUUUGAGCGCGAAAAAUAGGGACGAGACGAACGACCAGGUGUUGAAAGACGUCGUUACGGCUGGGUUUAAGUUGAAAGCGAUAUUUAAAGAGCCGACGAUUACGCCGACGGCGGACCAAGUGAAGCGACUCGGGUUGAAGAAGACGUGGGGGUCGCCGAACGGCGCCAUGCGAAGAGGGUGGAAUGGGAUUACUAUUUCUAGGGAUACGAUUCAUAUCGAUGGGAUUGAGUUGGGGUAUAAAGGUCCGGUGUUGUUUGAGAGACACGCGGUGGGCGGGGAGUACGCGGCUGGAUGGAAGAAUGUUGGGAGAGGGACGUUGAAGACGACGUUCAUCCCGAAGGACGGGCCGGACGCCGGGAAGGAGAUUGUGGUGGACGAGAGAGAGUGCAAAGACGAAAUUUCCGCGGUGGUGACGUACGAUAACGCGUACGAUAACGUCCACAAUUUAGCCAAGUUUUUCUUCGAGAGGUGUUUAGAAGCUGGCGUAAAACCGUACGUGGUCACGAAGAAAACCGUCUUCAAAUGGCAAGAACCGUUUUGGAAAAUCAUGAAAGACGUUUACGACAGCGACUUCAAAGCGAAAUUUAUCGCGCAAAAGAUCGUCGCCGAGAAAGACGCCGAGUUAGUGCAUCUCCUCUCCGACGCCGCGACGAUGAAAUUGGUCCAAUGGACCCAAGGGAACUUUGGCAUGGCUGCGCACAACUACGACGGCGACGUCUUGACCGACGAGUUGGCGCAAAUGCACAAAUCACCCGGUUUCAUCACCUCCAACCUCGUCGGUGUCGCUCCAGACGGCACGUACAUCAAAGAAUUCGAAGCUUCUCACGGCACGGUCACCGAUAUGGACGAAGCGCGCUUACGAGGCGAAGAAACGAGCUUAAAUCCACUCGGCAUGGUCGAAGGUCUCAUCGGCGCCAUGAACCACGCCAGUUUCACCCACGACACGAAAGAAAACCACAAAAAAAUGGUCGAUUUCACCACGAGCAUUCGAAACAUCAUGCACAAACUCUUCCGCGAAGGUAAAGGGACGCGAGAUUUAUCCGGCCCGUCCGGCGCGACGACCGAACAAUUCAUCGAUCGCGUCGCGAACGAGUUAAAAAAGAACCGCGCGUAA